AUGGCAACCAUGAGUAAACUGCCCUUGCGCCAGCUAGGUCGCAAUGGACCUUUUGUCCCUCGACUGGGUUUGGGAUUGAUGAGUGCUAGCGGAAUUUACAAUGCGCCCCUAUCGGAGGCUGACCAUCUCGCUUUGAUCGAUGAAGCCUACAACCGAGGAGAAACAUUCUGGGACACCGCCGAUAAAUACGGCACAUCAGAGGACGUACUGGGAAAAUGGUUCUCGGCGAACCCCGAAAAGCGCGAAGACAUCUUCUUGUCUAGCAAGUUCGGCAUAAUAUUAUCACCGGGGAUAUUCAAGAUCGAUUCCACCCCCGAGUACUGCCGGAAAGCCAUUGAAUCCUCUCUCCGUCGCCUCAAUGUAGCCUAUCUCGACAUUUACUACGUCCAUCGUCUUGACAAGGUCACCCCGGUCGAAAAGACCAUGGAAGCCAUGGUCGAGCUCAAGAACGCAGGAAAAAUCAAACACAUUGGCCUGAGCGAAUGCAGCGCCGAGUCCCUCCGACGCGCGCAUGCAGUCCACCCCAUCACGGCCGUCCAGGUCGAAUACAGCCUUUUCUGUCGCGCCAUCGAGUCGCCACAGUUCCAUCUGCUCGAGACUGCCCGUGAACUGGGCGUCGCCAUUGUAUGCUACAGUCCUCUUGGCAACGGCUUUCUCGCCAAUACCAUCCGCACCAAGGGGGACGUUAAGCCCGGGGAUGCCCGGGCGAACCUUCCUUGGCUGACAGAAGAGAAUUUAGAGCAGAAUGUGGCUGUUGUCGACAAGAUUGCGAAAAUCGCGGCGUCUAAGGGUGUUUCAUCCGCGCAGCUAGGUUUGGCAUGGUUGCUUGCCCAGGGUGAUGACAUCUUCCCGAUUCCUGGAACCACCAAGACACACCGGCUGCUUGAGAAUCUGGAGAGUGUGCGGGUUUCCUUGUCGGCGGACGAGGAGAAGGAAUUACGGGAGAUAGCGGACGGAAUUGUCGGUUCGCGAUUCCAGGAGAUGACUGGGUAUGCUUUUGCAGAUACCCCCGCGCUGUGA